ACAGCCGCCCGGCUACUAUGUUCAAGUCCGAUUCGCUCUGAUUUUUAGCGAGAAAACUCGACGACCUGCCGUGUCGGCCGCGUAUUUUCCGCGCGUUCCCGACGAACCGUCCGGAAACGACGACGCGACCAUGUGUGAUAUCCGAACCGGCGUUAAAUACGAUACGGGGACGGUCAUGGGCUACAGGGUGACGUCUAAAUAG